CCGUGUCACAUAUAGAAAUUUUUUGAUAUUUGCAACCAUAGUAAAACAAAGACUUAUAUUUUUGAUAUUUAUUUUAUAUAUUUAAAUGCCAUUUAACAAAGAAAAAUCAACCAAAAAAAUGAGUUUGCGUGUCACCUCUGACACGCAUGUCAUAGUUUCGCCAUCACUGCCCUAGCAGAAGGACUUUGCUUUCAAUCUUUCUAAAUAUAUUUUGUAACUGAACCUGGUUCUUUCCGGAAAAACAAGUUGCCUACAACCAACCCUGGGGAAGAGAAGCAAGGGAGACUUAGCCACUGGCAGAAUAAACAUGAAUCUGAUGACUUCAGAAGGCCCCACAGCCAAUUCUGUGUUUGUGAUGGCAUCCCACAAUGGGUAUCCUGUGAACCCCGGAAGCAUGUCUCAGGUGCCCCUGUAUCCACUCAACCAGCCACAAGUCCACCAAAUUUCUGGGAACCAACCUGGUUUGGAACCGCCUGUGUCUAUGCAACCUACUGGGAGAUCCUUAAAAGAGGCCAAAGUUUUAGGGGCCAUCCAGAUCCUGAUCGGCCUGGUACACAUUGGCCUCGGCAGUGUCUUAGGCACCAUCGUUCUCUGGUACUACACGGCUCUCUCAUUCUACGGAGGCUAUCCCUUCUGGGGAGGCAUCUUGGUAAGUAAUUUCAUCAUUUCAGGAUCCCUCUCAGUGACAUCAGAACAGCUACCGAGAUCUUCUUGCCUGUUGAAGGGUAGCAUGGGCUUGAGUAUCACCAGUGCAAUCGUCUCUCUGGUCGGAAUCAUGCUCCUCAUCACAGAUAUGAUUAUCAACAACCUGCAUAGCUCCUUCAGCUCCUAUCCCUGCAGUGGUGUGGUCUCUGGAGUGACUACUUCUGCCGUGCUGUUCAUCUUUAGCCUCUUGGAGUUCUGCAUUGCCUGCACGUCUGCCCACUUUGGUUGCAAACUAUUCCGCUAUUCACACAACAACGGCACUGUGGUGUUUCAAACUGUCUAUGUGACAAACCCAGUGGCCAAUCCAGAACCAGUGAACUCUCCACCGUCUUAUUCCAGUGAGAUCCAGGACUCCAAAUAAGCCAAAGGUUCUAGAAGCAUCUUUCACUGGAACCAAAAGAAGAACUCUCCUUUCUGGGCUUCUGAAACUCAGCUUUUUCCUUCCUUGACAAACUCAGGAAUGUGUCUCUCCAACUCCUGGCACCUUGGUCUUCAGUCACUUCAGCUUGGUUACUCAUGCUGUUCCUCCAUUUAAAAGGAGACAGGACUUUAAAGUGAAUUUUAGCAAAGAGGUCCUCCCUAGGACAUCCACCUGUGGGAUGUCUACUGCAGAUAUUCAUGUGUUUACCUGUGUGAGCUCAUGAGCUAAUGGAACAAGUGUCUAGACAUCGCAAGCUUCAUUCUCCCAAUCAUUCAGUCACUGAAUAAAAGUGCACUGAGCAUUUGAUAUGUUUAAAGCUCUAUUAAUGUCAGGAUGAGGGUGAACAUGGUGAACUUGCAAAGUCUUUGACUUCAAGUAACUUCUGCCUCACAAGAGAAGAAGAACAUGCAAGCAGAUUUCUAUAACACACGAUAGAAUUUAGGGGUGUGUAGAGAGAGAUCAGAGAUGAAAACGAUUUAUUCUGGCAGUGAUGGGUGAAGCAGAGAACAAGCAUGGUUGAAGAAGCAGCAUUUGUUGGGGGUAUCAAAGGAGAGAGUGUUGUUUUUGGGUUUUUAAAAAAAUCUUUAUUGUUGAAAGUAUUGCAUAUGUUCCUCUUUUUCUCCCAUUAACUCCCCUCAGCCCACUUCUGUCCCCAACCCCAGGCUCUCACCACCCCAUUGUCUGUGUCCAUGGGUUAUGCAUACACGCAUACAAGGUCAGGGUUGAUCUCUUACCACCAACUCUCCCCUGCCUUCCCUCUAAGGUUCAACAUGCUUCUAUGACUCUGGA